AUGGAUCCGUUGUCUAUCGCGACGGGCGCCGCCGGCCUGGCGAUUAGCUGUGCGACAAUCGUGAAAACUUUAUACACGUGGAUUGACGACACCAUCGACGUCGACGAAAAUGUGUCCAACUUAUUCGAAGAGAUUUCUAGUCUCUCGCGCGCUCUCGAGUCCAUCAGAAGUGCUUCAGUCCGGGUUCCGCAAGCUAUUCUGGCUGAGAUUGACCCUGGCAAUGGCCUUUGGUCUACAAUUGGCGCUACCUUUAUUGAUAUGAAAACGACCUUUAACAGACUCAAUCAGCUAAUGGCUGAACUCGAGAAAACGAGCUUUUUCAGCCGAGGCUUUCUGCGAAAACCAACAAAGCAAAUCAGGUUUAGUCUACGGUCCAAAGAUAUCUCUACACAUAGGGAUAGGAUCAAGUCAUAUAACACAGCUAUGAUUAGUGCUUUGCAGAUGAUCAACGUGUGCCUCCUCAUCCAUAGUAAUUCAUCGCAGGACUCGGUGUUUAGGGUUCUCUCUGGACUCAAGUCGCAGGUCAGGCGGGUGGAAGUCGCUUUGCAAACCAGCAGUUCUACAGAUUCUGGAGAUUCAGUUGCACGUGAGGAAGAUGAUCGCAUGUUGCACAACUUACGACAGUUUGUCCAAGUCGCAGAAAGUUUCCACUCCAGCGCUAGCACUAUCGUUAGAGAUGGGCCCCGAUCGACCAUAUGGGGAGGAAGUAUUUUGGGAGUUCCUUUGACGGAAGCACAAAAAUCAAGGAUCGAAGGAUGGAUACGUCCACCAGUCCAUGAAGAGCCAUAUACCCCAACCGAUUCUGGCUCUCAGUCUGACACAGACAAUGAAGCAGAACUUGCUCGGAGAAUCGAAGAACUAGCAGUCCAAAACGACAAGAAUGGGGAUUACGCGAGAGCGGAGCAGUUCUACAGAAGCGCCAUCGAGCACUGCGAAGCAAGUUCAAGACCGCCACGCGAUCUCAAAACCAUGAGAGUGCGACUUGCAUAUUCAUGCAUGCAACAAGAGAAGUGGACAGAAGCAGAGGAGAUUAUAGCUCCAAUUGCCUUUGAGAAAAAGACGAACGACCUAUUGGUAUACCAUAGCAUGCACGCCUUGGCUAUUGAAAACCUCGAUGCUCUAAAGCUUCAGGAGGCCGAGAAAUAUUGCAAGCGUGCCCUUUGGGGAAAGAGGAAGGUUUUGGGUAGAGACCAUUCAAGCUGCUGGGAGUCUUUGGCCCUCCUUGCUUCCAUCUGUAUGGCGAGGAAUAUGAUAGUUGAGGCAGAAGCCCAUAGAAGCUUUAUCCCAAGAAUCUCAGAGAUCUCGGUUGAUGUCAAGGCUCUUAUCUACCUCGAACGCUCUGUCGGAGGUCCAGGAUCAUUGAGCGGCCUCGGAGAUGACGAUAAACCGACUCAGCAGCCACUGGAUUCCGAACACCCACUGGACUCCGAACAACCACUCCCCAUACAGCGUCCAUUUUACUUCGAGGAUCUGGAGGCUCCCGUAGACUUGGAUGGCUCACAAAGUCUGCGGACACUGCCUUCCGAACGGACUGGCCUGAUCGGGUGGCCCUUUCCCUUAGAGGAUCCGAUGCCUUUGAAGCACUUGGAGAAUCGAGAGAGUAGACAGGAUUUCAGGCCUCCAAAUUCACUUCUCUCACUGACAACAAAUGAUCAUUCCGGCGCAAGAUGUUGCUAUAUGCAAGGCCCAUUUGGUUUCGCAAUGUUGAAUAAGUUCGACCCCUCUUGGGAUGAACAUUUUGGCGCAGAACUUAAACUUCAGAACUUGUCAGAUGAAACUUUCGAAAGGAUUAAAGAAUUUAUUUUGCUCUUCCUAAGAGAAGGAAAAAAGACCGAGUCUCUUCAUGUGGCACUAUCACCAUCACCAUCUUGUUCAACAGCAGCAGAAACAGAUGGCCUGCCAAAGUCAUCAUUCGGUACUUCUUCGCUAGAUAUACGGCAAUAUUACGAAUCCGACACCAGGUCUUUCGCCCUUCCAAAGCCAAAGUUUAAAAUCUUUGCUUCAGUAGACUACAUACAAUUGGGAUGUGAGAACACUCAAGUUGCAUAUGUAGUCCAUGGCCUUGAAAGACAAAUAGCGGAUUUGGUCAUUGAAUGGCCCGGCUCCUCCAAUCAUAAUGCAUCACUGGUUCCAACUAUACUUUACUACGACAAAUACGACAAGUUGGUCGGCUGGGGCCAUGAUGUCGCGCAUGCGCUCGAUUACAGAGGAUACCAGAAACCAGGGAUACAGAAAGUUGAAUGCUUUCCUUUGCACCUAAUAACACAGCCAAACGUGGUAGAUCAUAGCACACUACCCCCCCUUCCUUCUGGAUUAGAUUACUCUGAUGUCUCAGCCGACUUCCUAUGCGCGAUCCGAUCAGCAGUCCACCUUGCUAUUCAGAAACGUUUGGGAUUGACAUUUGAUCAAGAUGACGUAAGCUAUCACUGGAACUUUACCGUUCCAGGUAUUAUGGCAGAGGAUAAUAAAGAAAUACUCCGACGGGUGAUCGCCAGAGCUGGAUUCCCCCAGGAAGAAAUGGAUGAACACUUAUCCUUUAUUAGCCACUGUGAAGCGACAAUGCAUCGGGAAAUAGUGGAAGGUCGGGUCAACCUAGACCCCAAAAGUUCAUUCAUCUUCGUUGCCUGUGGGAAGACGGCGGUGGAACUGUCAGGUUAUGAAUUAGUCCAAAUCUCACCACUGGCAAUUUCCAAGCUCAGGGCGGGAUCGAUCCAUGCUUGCGGAUCCAUCUCAAUACAACGGAACUUUUACAAGCUUUUGUGCGACAAGGUCCGCUUCAUGAAGCUCAGAGGUAAUUACCGUUUGACCGCGAAAGCAUAUGCUAGGUGUAUUCUAGAUUUCACUAAGAGGAUCAUGAUGACAUUCUGUAAUGAUGGGUUCCGGUGGGCUGUCGAUGUCGGAAUUGCAAAAGACUUCUGCGUAGCAGGCUUCGAAGAAGGUUUUAUGGUCUUCACGAACGAUGAGAUCUUAUCCUGUUUCCGGCCCGUUACAGACAUCAUCGUAGAGAUGAUAUGUGAGGAAAUUCGCGAAGUCUCUAAAACGGGCAGGGCGAUUGAGGCGAUUGUCAUUGCUGGAGAGCUGAGUUUUUCAAAGUUUCUGCUCGACGAAAUCAAGUAUGGUGUACCGUCAAGUUUGCGAGACAAGAUCUUCCAAUCAUCAAAUCCAGCAUCAGAAGUCGUGACAGGGGCUGCCCAUCUUGCAAUGUCUCGUUUCGUGCUUAGCAAUCAACACGCUCCCUCUGACGGUGGGAAGGUGAGUGUGUAG